UUGGCCAAGUGCUGGACAGUGGUGGCGUGGCAGUGUUGUGAAGCGUCGGUGCAGCCACCCACCAGUCGAUCGGCUGGGCUACUUAAAAUUAUUAACAAAUCGCUGUUUUCAUGUGAAACAUCGUGCCAAAGUGCAAUUACGGCCGAGCCAUAACGACGGGUCAUACGUAGAAAGUUAAAGAAUCAGUUUUCCGAUCAGCCUUACAAAAAACCAGCCAAAAAACCGCUUAAAUGUCACAACACUCGAAGAAGGAGACGAUCCUCACCAGCAGCAGCAGCAGUAGCAGCAGCAGCAGCAGUAGCCAUGCAUCCCAAAAUCACCAAAAUCAAAAUCAAAAUCAAAACCAAAAAAAUCGCCACAAUAAUAGCAAUUCCAACAACAAAAACCACAAGAGGCAAUUGCCACAAGCGUCAGUGACAGUGGCAGCCAACGGAAGUUUAAAAGCAAAUAACAAUACUACUAACAACCACACCACUAGCUCCUCGAAAGUGUCCACCUCGCACAGGAUGCUGGACACACCACUUUUGGGCAAAGUAGCGCCCAACAGUCGCAAGGAGAAGAACCAAAAAGACAAACAGCGCGAACGUGAGCGGGAGGAGCGUAGCCAGCUGGUUCUCUGGCGACGUCCACUCCAAACCCUCAAGUACUGUGCCCUCGAGUUAACUGCCCUGCUGCAUACAUGGAGUUCCAGACUACUGCAGCAGAGACUCUUGCUGGCCAUUCUGAUAGUAUUAGGCAUCGUAUUUAGCUUAGUUUACAAAGUGGAUGGUCCCCAUCAGCUGGCCAUUGAGUUUGUCCGGAGGAACACCUGGUUCUUUGUCUAUUGGCUGGGUCUGGGUGUUCUCUCGUCGGUGGGAUUGGGCACUGGCCUCCACACGUUCCUCCUGUAUUUGGGGCCGCACAUAGCCAGCGUUACAUUGGCGGCCUACGAGUGCAAUUCGCUUCGAUUCCCACAGCCACCAUACCCGGAUGACAUCAUCUGUCCGGAGGAGCCGUAUGACAAGAGAGUGCCCAAUAUCUGGUCCAUCAUGUCCAAGGUGCGUCUGGAGGCGUUCUUGUGGGGUGCUGGCACUGCUCUGGGUGAACUGCCUCCUUACUUCAUGGCCAAGGCGGCGCGACUGUCCGGCUAUGAUCCGGAUGAUGCCGAGGAGUUGGCCGAGUUCGAGGCCCUGAAUGCCAAGCGCCAUCAAAAGAACCUCAGUCUGAUGGACAAGGGGAAGCUGUUCAUGGAGCGGGUGGUGGAGCGAGUUGGGUUCUUUGGCAUUCUGGCCUGUGCAAGCAUUCCUAAUCCUUUGUUCGAUCUGGCUGGCAUAACGUGCGGCCACUUCUUGGUGCCAUUCUGGACCUUCUUCGGGGCCACACUCAUCGGCAAGGCCGUCAUCAAGAUGCAUAUCCAGAAGAUCUUUGUAAUUAUCGCUUUCAAUGAGACUCUGAUCGAACGGGCGGUGGAUCUGCUGGCGGGGCUACCCUAUUUGGGUCAUAAGCUCCAGGAGCCGUUCAAGGCCUUCCUCAAGAAUCAGAAGCAGCGAUUGCAUCGACGUGGUGGUGCCACUGGAGCUGCCACCGACUCUGGCAACUUGCUAUCGAAGAUCUUUGAAACUUUUGUCAUUGGAAUGGUCUGUUAUUUUGUGGUUUCGAUUGUGAACUCAUUGGCCCAGAGCUAUCACAAGAGGCUGCACAAGAAGGCGGUGGCAGCGGCAGGAGCUAGCCAAAAAACGGUAACAACCACAAUGCCACCACUGACGGCGACGGCAACGGCAACGGCGACAGUGAUGCCCAAAAAGCCCGCCAAACAGAAGGCUCUAAGGGAUUAGAGAAUGAGAAGAGAAAAGAGUUAUAAGAAAGAGAGCGGCAAUAUCCUAUUUUUUAUGUUUUAUCACCAAAAACGAGGACAAGGACUCACGCGAAAGGACAAGGACUCGUCUCAAUUCGUUAAAAUUAUUUUGUUUUUGCGGCUUUCGCUUUUUAGUCAAAUUAUAACGGAAGUAUGCGCGAUGCUGAUCAUUAUAA